AUGGCACAAAACGGCCUCUAUUCCGCCGGCCAGUUCAUGAACCCUGGACCGGCGCCAAAACCGCCUACAGACAGACCUCGACUUAACCUGACGCCCAGUACCAAUCUGCCCGGCAACAUGGCGAACAUGGCGAUUUCACCUAUCCGAAGUACCGCUACAUCGACGUACACCGGCUCCACCAUUUCCUUGCCCAUCGCGCGCCAGCAGUCUAAUAACAUGGAUGGUAUGGGGGGAGUUGCUAUUAAGAAAGAAGGAUGGGCAUCGGUCAAGGAGAGCAAGAACUUUAUCCAGCCUUGGAAACAAAAAUACCUGAUCCUCCGAAAGGAGUCUCUCGACUUCCACAAAACGGAAGGAGGUAAAGUGUCCUAUACCUUAUAUCUAAAAGACGUGGUCAACGUUGGCAGGGUUGAGGCCGCUGGCACUAUUUUUGAAAUCAAGAGAAAACCGGAUGGCGCCUCCAACAGCCCGGGUGAUGACGAUGGCCAAACAAAAACUCUGCAGAUCAAGGUUAAGGGUGAUGAUGAGCUGUAUGAGUGGAUCGACUUCAUCUAUGGCGCGUGCCCCGGCAUGGGUGGUGUGAGUAACCCGACCAACUUCUCCCACGCUGUCCAUGUUGGUUUCGACCCUCAAACCGGCGAAUUCGUGGGUUUGCCGCCUGAAUGGUCGAAGCUACUCAACUCAUCCGCAAUCACGAAGGAGGAUUACGAGCGCAACCCUCAAGCUGUAUUUGAGGUCCUGGACUUCUACACCGACCUUGCAAAGAGAGCCGAAAAUCCUAACCAGUAUUCCAGCAUGACUCCUACACCUUUAGGAGGCAUGCAGCACAAACAACUGGGCGCCGGGGCAGGCAUCGCCCCUCCUCGUCCAGCCCCUCCAGCUCCAGCGCAGCGAAACAUGAGUUAUGGUAGUACGCCUUCGAGCAGCGGCCAGUCAAGACGCCCUCCUCUCGGAGACCAGCAGCAACAGCGCCAGCAAGUGCAGAACGUGGCUCCCAGCUAUGCAUCUCAGGAUGCUCUUAGGGAAGAGCAACGCAAGAAGCAUAUGGAACUCCAACGCCAGCGUGAGGCUGACGACCGAGAGCGCCGUGAACUAGAUGCCUACAAUGCAUCCCUUCCUAAGAACAAGGUGCCCCUGGCUCAGCAGGAGAUUGGCGGUUAUGGCGGUAGUCCUGGAGGCUCAUCACAUGGCGAUCGAUUCAACCCCACGAGAGCUGCUCCCCCAGCACCGAAGUCAGGGAGCCCGGCAAAUGGCAUGCGCGCUCAGAGACCAGCUCCGCCCCCACCAUCAUUAUCCAGUUCCGCGCCUCGCCCUCUACAAGGAGCACAAUCCAGCUCCCGCGACCCUACCGGUCAAUCCUCCAGAAUACCCCGCAACGACGGUUCACCAGCAUCCAGAAGCCAAAAUGGUGCUCAGCCCUCUCAGCCAAGACAACCACAGCCUGCACAGGGUGCAUCACGCUUGCCAGCUCCUGUCAAGCCACUGAACGUGGCACCUAAGCCCAACCAGGCUCACCAAGCAGAAGGUAUCAAGGCCGCCGAAGCUGCCCUAACCGCAAAGCCCUCGGCAUCGGAACGCAAGCAAGAUGUGCGCAUGUCGACAAUGUCAGAAAAUGAGGUCAUGGCGAAGCUCAAGGAGGCCGUGUCAAAAGAUGACCCCAACAUGUCGUACUCGAAACAGAAGAAGAUUGGUCAAGGUGCUUCUGGCUCCGUGUAUGUGGCCAAAAUCAAGGAGACUGCCCAGGGUGUUGCCCGAGAAGUUCUGCGACAACAGGGACCCCGAGCACAAGUGGCCAUCAAGCAGAUGGACCUUGCCCAUCAGCCAAGAAAGGAGUUGAUUGUGAACGAAAUCAUGGUCAUGAAGGACAGUAGACACAGAAACAUUGUCAACUUCCUGGAUGCUUUCCUACGAAACAACAAUCAGGAACUCUGGGUUGUUAUGGAGUAUAUGGAAGGUGGUGCUCUGACCGAUGUCAUCGACAACAACCCGUCCAUUUCCGAGGAACAGAUUUCGACUAUUUGCAACGAGACCUGCCACGGACUGCAACAUCUCCAUUCUCAAAGCAUCAUCCACCGAGAUAUCAAAAGUGACAACGUUCUGCUUGAUGCUCGGGGCAAUGUCAAAAUCACUGAUUUUGGAUUUUGCGCCAAACUUACGGAUACAAAGUCAAAACGAGCCACCAUGGUCGGGACGCCAUACUGGAUGGCGCCAGAAGUUGUCAAGCAGAAGGAGUAUGGCCCCAAAGUUGAUAUCUGGUCAUUGGGCAUCAUGGCUAUUGAAAUGAUCGAGUCUGAACCGCCGUACCUCAAUGAGGAGCCUCUGAAGGCCCUAUAUUUGAUCGCCACGAACGGAACCCCUCGCCUCAAGAAGCCCGAAAAGUUGAGCAAGGAGCUAAAGGCUUUCCUCUCCGUCUGUCUUUGCGUCGACGUCAAAAGUCGUGCUUCGGCUGAUGAGCUGCUGGCACAUGACUUCUUGAAAUACGGCUGCCCGCUGGGCAGCUUGGCAGAACUCUUGGCGUUUAAGAAGCACGCGAAAUAA